CGUCAUUCAAUUGAUCAUGGAACAUCCACCCCCUAUCUUUCAUGAAGCCAUGAUUGCAACACACUUCCGUAUACCCAAUUACAGCCAAUCGGCUGAUCCUUGAUAUUGCAUAACAGCGUAUGUCGUGCAACGCUACUUACUUUCCUCUGUACUAUUCUGCCACUAAGCCUGCGCAUGUUCGAAUCAUCGGUCUCUUCUAUCCUUGCCCCCACGGUGUCUAAGUGAUCUUGCCUCCAAAGCUUUGUUUUUCAUGCCUAACCGAUUCAAAUACGGAGCCGUGCUGAUUGUGGAUAGGUUAUUGUCGCAUUACAUUCACGUCUAUGUUCUAACUCCAGCCCGUCUACCCCCACUUCUUCGAGCGAUCCGCGCCGCAUUAUUUCCUAAUAAUGCUCCAGGCGUGUCGAGCCUUAAGCCCCCCUCAUCCGGUGAGCAGUUAGCUGCUUUGCGUCGCAGAUGCGCUAGUGCUCUUUGGGGGCUUCUUCCGAGCGCGGUGGGCGAGCGAUAUUACGGCACAAACAAUUGGGCUUGGUCCGGUGUGAAAGCUGACACCACUAUUAGUGAGAAUGUAAAUCCACGGGCUGGCCGGCUGAAGAGAAACAGUAGUAUUUUGAAUCAUAGCUCCGCUCCCAAUGUCAGUGGCACCGACGCGGGCCUUCCACAUGCGUCUUCUGAUUGCAAUCGCCCCAUGAUGCUAAAUGAUGCAACGUUGUCUUCACAGCCUGGAAGGCAGGAGCACGGACCCAACGAAUUUGUUCAGACUCUUGCAGAGCAUGACAGCGAAAAUGAGGAGAGGAUUUUGUGCGAGAUUGAGACGGGCAUUGUGGACAUCUUCUCAGAUGCCUAUUGUAAUAAGCAUCUGAUAUAUGGAAUUCUAGAGCUCGUCCUGGUCCGCCUUGUUCCCGAACUCGCUGAAAAAGGUGUCGGUGAGCUCUGGGAGGAAAGACUUCACUAGACAUGAUUCGCCAUUCAUAGUUUGAUACCCAGUUUUGUUCCUAUCUCUCUUCCACUAGAUUUUCAAUAAUUCGUGACUAUCUUUAACAGAAGUAUCACACUUGGCUUACAUAAACUCCUCCCAGACGGAAUUGAUGGUAAAGAUGUAAAUCUCUUCGAAGUUCUUCUCUAUCUAUCUUUGCGGACCAAAUGUGUACGUCUUGUCGUCUUUUUCCAAGAUGAUUCACCGAAGCAAGGCACUCUCCCCGAGGAUUUUAUUGAAAAGAGAAGC